AUGCCUCAACUUCUUAACAGCAUACUCAAUGUGAGCAAGGUUUUCCAGAACUAUGCUGAACAUCAUGGGGUAGGUGCUUCACUGAGCAAAAAGGAUUUGAAGCAGCUGCUCCUCACUGAGUUUGGAGACAUCCUUCGGAGACCGAAUGAUCCAGAGACUGUGGAAAUCAUUCUGGAACACUUGGACCGAGACAGAAAUGGAUAUGUUGAUUUUCGUGAAUACCUCCUGCUGGUGUUCCAAUUGGUCCAAGCCUGCCAUCAUAAGCUAGAUAGUAAGUUGUGGGGAGCUAGAACCACCUCCCAGAAAGAGCAUGAUCAGGAAGAAACACAGAGCCAUAAAUUUUCAGAAAACACAGGCAGACGACAUAGGCAGAGGGAUGAAGAAGAACGGCACCACUCUCACCACAGUCAGCCUGGGGGACAACGUCAAAAUGUCCAACAUGGUCAGUCUCAGAGACAAGGUAAGGACUCUGAGAGACAUGAUACAGAUCCUCACUACAGUCAGUCAGAGACAUUCCAUGGGGACUCCCACUUUGGUCAUUCUGAGAGACAAGACACAGAUUAUAGCUCAGAUCAGUCUGAGUCAGACGAUCAAUCUAGCUCUAGUCAAAGACUGGGUUAUAAAUCUAGUCAUGACCAGCCCAAAGGUCAAGGACAUAUCUUUGCGUUAAAUCAAUCUGAGAACCCUGAGCAAGCUUCUCAUUAUGGUCAGUCUAAAACAUUUGGACAACAAAGCAGCCAUGGCCAGUCUGGAAGACUCCGAAAAGAUUCUUAUUCUAGUCAAACCAGUCAACAAGAAUCUGAUUCUUAUGAACAAUAUGGAAGUCAGCACCAGAAAUCAGGCCACAGUCAGAAAGAAAGACAAGGCCAGAAUUCUCAGUAUGGCCAGACAAAAACAAAAGGACAUAGUUCAUACCAUGAGCAGACAGAUGGACAAGGCCAGAGUUUCCAUUAUGACCAGAAAGGCAGACAAGGCCAGGGUUUCCAAAGUGGUCAGAAAAGCAAGCAAAGCCAGAGUCCUUACCAGGGUCAGAAGGGCAGACAAGACCAGAGUUCCUACCAGGGUCAGAAGGGCAGACAAGACCAGAGUUCCUACCAGGGUCAGAAGGGAAGACAAGACCAGAGUCCUCACCAGGGUCAGAAAGGCAGACAAGACCAGAGUCCUCACCAGGGUCAGAAAGGCAGACAAGACCAGAGUUCCUACCAGGGUCAGAAGGGCAGACAAGACCAGAGUCCUCACCAGGGUCAGAAAGGCAGACAAGACCAGAGUCCUCACCAGGGUCAGAAGGGCAGACAAGACCAGAGUUCCCACCAGGGUCAGAAGGGCAGACAAGACCAGAGUUCCUACCAGGGUCAGAAGGGCAGACAAGACCAGAGUUCCUACCAGGGUCAGAAGGGCAGACAAGACCAGAGUUCCCACCAGGGUCAGAAGGGCAGACAAGACCAGAGUCCUCACCAGGGUCAGAAAGGCAGACAAGACCAGAGUUCCCACCAGGGUCAGAAAGACAGACAAGGCCAGAGCUCUCACCAGGGUCAGACAGGCAGUCAAGACGAGAGUUCACAUUGGCAUCAGACAGACAGACAAGACCAGAGUUUUCGUUUUGGUCAGACAGGUGGACAAGGCCAGAGUUCUCACCAGGGUCAGACAGACAGUCAAGACCAGAGUUCACACUGGCAUCGGACAGACAGACAAGACCAGAGUUUUCAUCUUGGUCCGACAGGUGGACAAGGCCAGAGUUCUCAUGAGGGUCAGAUAGACAGUCAAGACCAGAGUUCACAUUGGCAUCGGACUGACAGACAAGGCCAGACUUUUCAUUAUGGUCAGACAGGUGGACAAGGCCAGAGUUCUCAUGAGGGACAGACAGACAGUCAAGGCCAGGAUUCACACUGGCAUCAGUCAGACAGACUAGGCCAGAGUUUUCAUUAUGGUCAGACAGGCAGAAAUGACCAGAGUUCUCACCAGGGUCAGACAGACAGUCAAGGCCAGAGUUCAUAUAGGCAUCAGACAGACAGACAAGGUCAGAGCUCUUACCAGGGUCAGAAAGGCGGACCAGGCCAGAGUUUACACCAGGGUCAGACAGACAGACAAGACCAGAGCUCUUACCAGGGUCAGAAAGGCAGACCAGGCCAGAGUUCAUACCAGGGUCAGAAAGGGGGACAAACCCAGAGUUCAUACCAGGGUCAAACAGGCAGACAAGGCCAGAGCGCUCACCAGGGUCAGACAGACAAUGAAGACCAGAGUUCACAUUGGCAUCAGACAGACAGACAAGGCCAGACUUUUCAUUAUGGUCAGACAGGUGGACAAGGCCAGAAUUCUCACCAGGGCCAGACAGACAGUCAAGGCCAGAGUUCACACUGGCAUCAAUCAGACAGACAAGAUCAGAGUUUUCAUUUUGGUCUGACAGGCAGAGAAGGCCAGAGUUCUCACCAGGGUCAGAUAGACAGACAAAGCCAGAGUUCUCACUGUGGUCAGUCAGAGACUGGAAAAACUGAAAUUCAAGGGCAAAACAGGCACUUUCAAGGGACUGAUAGAACAAGAAGACAAUCUGGAACGUCAGGAAAGCUAAGUCAACAGAAUUCAAGAGAAGAAGUGACUCAAACCCAGAGACAAAGAUCCCAGGAUAGAAGGGAGCAGCAAAUCCAGCACCAGGCCUGGAAGCCUACAGAAGAGAAUCAACACAAAUUCUUAGCUCUGGUACAGCAAGAGCCAUACUCCCAUGAAGAGUAUGAUUGGCAAUCACAGAGCAGCGAGCAGGACCUCUGGGAAGAGGAAGAGCAUCAAGACUGGGAUAGACACAGUGUUGAGGAUCAGGAACAUCUGUAUGAGAUGCACAACUGGCAAGUUCAUGAAGAGGAACAAAGCCACCAAACAAGUGAUAGGCAAACCCAAGUAGAUGAGCAGAACCAGCAAAGACGACACAAGCAAACUCAUGAAGAAAAUCACGAUCAUCAACAUGGUAGCGAUCAUAAAGAUGAACAAAAUCACAGAAGACAAGACCAUCAUCAACAAUGGGAUAAACAAACCCAUGAAGAAAAUGAGAAGUAUCAAGGAGGCCAAGACCAAUCCAGAAGUUUCCCCAACAGAGAAAAAUUCCACAUGAGUGAAGAUGAUCAGUGUGAGGGGCCCCAGGGAAGACAUUUCCAUUCAACUCAUGUUGAUGGAAGGUCCCAAAGAAGAGAAAAAUCUGGAAACCACCCUACCAAAUCAGCCAACUCCUCCAGCCCUUUCUAUGACUAUGUCCAAGAGCAGGCAGCAUAUCAGCACUAG